AUGCUUGACAAGUUGUCAGGUGUCUACGCUCCAAGACCAUCUCCAGGUCCACACAAGUUGAGAGAGUGUCUGCCAUUGGUUGUCUUCCUCAGAAACCGUCUCAAGUACGCCUUGAACGGUCGUGAAGUCAAGGCUAUCCUCAUGCAGAGACACGUCAAGGUUGACGGUAAGGUUAGAACUGACGCCACCUUCCCAGCUGGAUUCAUGGAUGUCAUCACUUUGGAUGCCACCGAUGAGAACUUCAGAUUGGUGUACGACGUCAAGGGUAGAUUCACCGUCCACAGAAUCACUGCCGAGGAGGCCUCUUACAAGCUUGGUAAGGUCAAGAGAGUCCAACUCGGAAAGAAGGGUAUCCCAUACGCUGUCACCCACGACGGUAGAACCAUCAGAUACCCAGACCCAAACAUCAAGGUCAACGACACCGUCAAGAUUGACCUUGCCUCUGGUAAGAUCACUGACUCCAUCAAAUUUGACACUGGUAAGUUGGCCAUGAUCACCGGUGGUCGUAACUUGGGAAGAGUCGGUGUUAUCACCCACCGUGAGAGACACGAGGGUGGUUUCGACUUGGUCCACUUGAAGGACACUUUGGACAAUGACUUCGUCACCAGAUUGGGUAACGUUUUCGUCAUUGGUGAAGUUGGUAAGCCAUACAUCUCCUUGCCAAAGGGUAAGGGUCUUAAGUUGAGUAUUGCCGAGGAGCGUGACAGAAGACGUGCUCAACAAGGUUUGUAA